GUUUCUGUCAGCACACUCUACUUAUAUAUCUCACCUUCUUCUUUUCAAUAUUCUCGACAUUGAAGUAUUGAUUCGUACUCCGUCACAGGUUUAUUCAAAUUCAUCUCCAUCAGCAAAAAGGUUACGUUAUUUUUAAUUUCAGCACAUUAUCUAAUUUGUUCCCCUACAAAAACCUAGAUACAUUACCUCAUUCUGAUAAACAACCAUUCAAUCGGCUUGUCGUAUGCUAGAGCACAAUGGCGGAUAUUCCAUCUCAGUUACGUGCAAUCACCAGAAACUCCUUUACUUCUAACGCCGACCGCGAAUUCGCAGUCGCUGAAGCUCGCGCUCUUCUUAGCCGUAUUGAAUCCCCUUGGGAAACAGCUUAUCGCCAGUCAUGGAUAGAACCUGCUCGCAUGGCCUCCUUGGAAAUCACUAACAAGCUUGAUAUCUGGAAGAAAUGGGCUGCUGCUGGAGGCUCCCCGAAGUCGAUCGAGGAGCUCUCAAAAUUGGUUACCUGUGAUCAUACUUUGUUGUCCCGUGUUAUCUGGCAGCUAGCUGGCGCGCAUAUGCUUGAAGUCGUCAGGCCAGGUGUAUUUGGCCUAACCCCAUUUACUGCAGCCUUAGCAGAAGGGCCCCAAAUCCCCAGUACCGUCAGUUUAUACAUUGACAUGCAGGGUCCAGCGCUUCGUUCUCUUCCCAGUUUUGUCCAAAGCACCGGGUUUCAGAACCCCACUGAUCAUGUAAAUGGGCUAUUUCGCUAUUGGACUGGUAAAACCGUAUGGGAUUGGCUCAAGGCGAACCCUGAGACCGAAAAGGUCGUUGGAACUGUCAUGCAGACCUAUGCCAUGAACAGACCUUCCCUCUCAGAUAUAUACCCAACUGGUGAACUUAUAAAUAGUAUCCAGGACGAUACUGCCGUACUAGUUGACUGCGGCGGUAGUAUCGGCCAUGAUCUCACUUCUUUUGCGAAGGUGCACGGCAAGGAUCUGAAGCCCGGUUCUCUGAUCCUUCAAGACCAGCCAGUGGUGAUUGAGGAGGCGGGAGACCUAGACCCUACAAUUAAGAAAAUGGAUCAUGACUUUUUCACUCCUCAGCCUAUUAAAGGAGCCACCGCAUACUACAUGCACUUUGUUCUUCACGACUGGCCGGAUUCGGACUGCAAAAGAAUCCUUGAAAACCUGAAAUUGGGGAUGCGGAAGGGCUAUAGCAAAUUGCUUCUUCAUGAAGUCGUUCUUGACCCGAACGAUCCCAAAGAGAUUGGAAACUCCGCUGAUAUUGUCAUGAUGAUGGCUUCUGGCAUGGAAAGAACUGCAGCCCAGUGGACCGCCCUUCUAGAAUCGACCGGUUUUAAAAUCAAUCGCAUCUACAACAAAGAACUAGCAGCAGAGUCAGUCAUUGAAGCGGAGCUCGUGUAGACGGUUAUUUCUUUACUUCCCUAAACUGGAGAUACUUCAAAAUAAAAAUAAGCGUGGAGAGGCGUUUAUUACAAUCUUAAGGUUAGGGUUAUUAUGUAUUUUCCUGCAACAUCAUAAUAUAAUUUGAAGUAUUUACAU